AUGAAGCACUUCUCUGGCGAGCCCUGGGCAGCCUUCACUGUGCUCUUCUUUGCCACUGUGCUCCGGUAUUCCAGCUCAGCAGCUGAAGACGUCUCCAAUGUUUCAACAAGCUCCAUGCUCACAACUGAGUACGAAGCACCAUGUCUUAAUGUGAACUUCUGCACACAAGCGGCGACAUGCUGCCCAACGGGCAUGGACGAUUACGGAUGGAUUGCAGCGGCUGUCGGCUGGAGCCUCUGGUUUCUGACUCUCAUCCUGCUCUGCGUGGACAAGGUCAUGAAACUCCGGCCUGACGAACCCAAAUAUUUGGUGGCCUGA